AUGGAGACUACAAAAAAGUAUGAACUGUCAGACUGUAUGAAAACUGAGAUGAACAGUUCGUUUUCAGAUGAAUUAGGUUGUAUCACAGAUGCAACGGAGGAGGAACAAGAUGACUUACCUUACGAUGGAGACAUAGGAAUAACCUGUAAAUACAGUAAUUCAGAUAAUUUGAAUGACUGCACUUGUGGAAAAGCUAUUUCUGGUAUUUUAAACUUAGCCUGUUCUGAAGAUAACAACAUAAAAGCAACAGCAAAAUAUGAAACUCAUCCACAGCUUGAAGAAUUCCCCAGUCACUUUAGAGGUGCCACAGGAUUAACAGCAGCUUCAGUUGAAACGCCUGGAAGAGAAGCCUCCUUUAAGGAGGAAUUACGUGUUGGUGGUUUUAGUGAACCAGAUGGCAAAGAACAUCCACCUAACUCAAAAAUGUCCAAUGUCUUUCUGCAUUAUUUUUCUAAAGGAGAAUUAAUAAGCACACACCAGUUAAUUGAAUACGAGACAAUACCAGAGACAUCCAUUACUGAAAGUAUCAAUGACACUGUGAACAAACCUGAGCCUUCAGAACACGCCCAAGGCCCUGCAGUGCAUGAACAACAGGCAGCCAACUUUGAAGAGGACUACUCAGAAAUGCAGGAGAAAGUAAACACUGGUGAUAAAAAUCAAAAUUCUCUACAUGAAAAUAGAUGUGUCUCAAAGAAACCUAUUUCUUCUACUGGUAAGCGUGUGGGCAGACAAGACAAUUCACAAUUGAUCUAUGAAAAUGAAGAUACACACAUCUUUCAAAACAUGAAAGAAGAGAAAGACCUGCUUAAGAAAACAGUUUCACCUCACGAGCUCAAAUAUGACCAAGGUCAAGCUCACUAUUGCCUUGCUGACUUCUCCAAAGCUGCUUCAGAAGUUAAAGUACCAAAAAGAAGUGACAAUAUUAACUCAGUUCCUACAAUUGAACAACCAAAAUCCUUCCCUAUUUUGCUAAGUAAAUCACUAAAAGUGAACAACAUUCUAGAAAAUAAGUACUUCAAUUCUGCUCACAUCGAGAAUCAAGAAGAAAUGAGUCCAGAACUGUUGCAACAGCUGGCGGUGGAAGACUUCUCUAAGCAUAUGACCCAAGAGACAUUCUUUUUACAAGACAACUAUCCGGCAUUAAAUCAAUUGAAAAGACACCUUGAUGCCUUGGAAAGGAAUUACUUAACAGCUAGAGAACAACACCGUCAUUUACAGCUGCAGAACUACAAGGACAAGUCUAUCAAUGUCGGAGAGUUCGAUCCUGAAAGAAAGGUGGAAGGGGAAAUAUUUAGACUUGGCAUGCUGCUGGAUGACAUCCAAGAACAAACUGAUGACAGCAAAUCCAACUUGUCAUCUUUGAUUACUUCCUAUGAAUCUGCCCAUUCAUCAUAUUGUCUUUGUGAGAGCUCAGAAGUUUCAAGUCCUGCUGGUCCUCCAGAAGGAAGAGGUAUUGGAACUGCAUUUGUUCACAAGAACAAGGAAGAAGCAAGUCAGACAACUGAUGUAAUCCCACAGACAAAUCAGUUGUCUUUAAAAAGUGCUAAGUGCAAUAUUUGUCUUCACAUAGAUUCCAUUCACCUGAAGAAAAACAUGCUGCUGAAGGUCUUGCAUCUCAAUGUCAGUGUAGAUUACAUCAAAAAUGUAAUGCUGAUGAAGAAAGUAUGGAAGGGCAGUGAUUCAGAAGACAUCUCAGCCUAUGAUUCUUAUAAGAAUUCACAAAGUGAGGAACUUGACAACUGUGAAAGUUACAGAACAUUAAAUACAAGAAUAUGUGGAGAGAGAAAAGUCUGCAACAAAGUGGAUAGCACAGAUGAGACUGAAACUCAGAUAUUAAGUGCUACUCUGGAUCAUGCCAUACGGACAGCAAACAGUUUGAAGAAAGCUACAGAACGAAUGGUACGUACGGCUUCAGAAGAUCUAGCUAAAGCCAGAAGAAAACAGUUUUAA